GAAUAAAGGGAAGGAGCUGAUGGUGAAAGGAGCCGAUCAAGUGGUGGCGAAAAGGGUUGCAGGAAAGGUCAAGCCCCUAGACAGGGUACGCUCACAGUGGGCCCAGCUGGCUGUCCGCCCCCCACCCACCCCGUGUUGCUGCCUUGAACCCUGACUUCUCGAGUUGGGGGUUUAUUAGACAGGUUAGUUGAGGGCCAGCAGUCAGAGAUUGAGCGUUGAUUAUCAAUAUUGCGACCCUGAGGCUUGCGGAUUCGGUGUUUGGAUGCCCAGGGAAUCUGUCCCUUAAUUCAGGGAAUCAUCACCUGGAGGUUUAGGUAGCAAGUGCUGCCAUGCUCAAAGCUGUGAUCCUGAUUGGAGGUCCCCAAAAGGGGACUCGUUUCAGGCCUUUGUCUUUUGAAGUGCCCAAACCCCUGUUUCCAGUGGCAGGGGUCCCUAUGAUCCAGCACCACAUUGAAGCCUGUACGCAGGUCCCUGGGAUGCAGGAGAUACUGCUCAUUGGCUUCUACCAACCCGAUGAGGCCCUCACUCGCUUUCUGGAAGGUGCUCAGCAGGAAUUCAACCUUCCCAUCAGGUACCUGCAGGAAUUUGCCCCCCUGGGCACUGGUGGGGGGCUCUACCACUUCCGGGACCAGAUCCUGGCCGGCAGCCCCGAGGCCUUCUUCGUGCUCAAUGCAGAUGUGUGCUCCGACUUCCCCCUGAAUGCCAUGCUGGCCGCCCACAGACGCCAGCCUCACCCUUUCCUGCUGCUGGGCACCACGGCAAAUAGGAUGCAGUCCCUCAACUAUGGCUGCAUAGUGGAGAACCCCCAGACACAUGAGGUCCUGCACUAUGUGGAGAAGCCUAGCACUUUCGUGAGUGACAUCAUCAACUGCGGCAUCUACCUGUUCUCCCCCGAAGCUCUGAAACCCCUCCGGGAAGUCUUCCAGCGUAAUCAGCAAGAUGGGCACCUCUGCCUUUCUCCGGGGGAGGGAACAUCAGGCCUGUGGCCGGGAGCAGGCACCAUCCGCCUGGAGCAGGACGUGUUCUCAGCACUGGCUGGACAGGGCCAGAUCUAUGUGCACCUCACAGAUGGGGUCUGGAGCCAGAUCAAGUCUGCUGGCUCAGCCCUUUAUGCCUCCCGCCUCUAUCUGAGCCAGUACCAGUUGACCCAUCCAGAACGCCUUGCCAAGCACAGCCCGGAGGGCCCAUGGAUUCGAGGGAAUGUUUAUAUCCACCCAACGGCUAAGGUGGAUCCUUCAGCUGUGCUGGGCCCCAAUGUCUCCAUUGGGGAAGGCGUGGUUGUGGGUGAGGGGGUGCGGCUCCGAGAGACCAUCGUCCUCCAUGGGGCCAUGUUGCAGGAGCACACAUGUGUCCUGCACAGCAUUGUGGGCUGGGGGAGCACAGUGGGGCGCUGGGCCCGCGUGGAAGGUACCCCCAACGAUCCCAACCCCAAUGACCCUCGAGCCCACAUGGACAGUGAGAGCCUCUUCAAGGAUGGGAAACUUCUACCAGCCAUCACCAUUCUGGGCUGCCGCGUCCGGAUCCCUGCCGAGGUGCUCAUCCUGAACUCCAUUGUUCUGCCACACAAGGAGCUGAGCCGCAGCUUCACCAACCAGAUCAUCCUCUAAAGGGGGCUGCCUGCCUCAGGGCCCCCCCCCAACUCCUCUCUGUGAGGCUCUGCCUGCCUGCGGCCUCGGUCCAGAAAGGCCUGUGGGUAGCCAGGCAGGAUCUUUACCCGCUGGGAGCAAUGUGGGUGGCCAGGGGUCACCAGCCUUCCCUCUCCGCUCCCCAAUAAACCCCAAUGAACUUGGA